CUUGGCAAUGCCAUUGUGUGUCUGAUAGUGUAUCAGAAACCAGCCAUGCGUUCAGCGAUUAAUCUGCUCCUGGCCACACUGGCUUUUUCAGACAUCAUGCUGUCGCUGCUAUGCAUGCCAUUCACUGCCGUCACUCUCGCAACUACGGACUGGAGCUUCGGAGUGGGAUUCUGCCGCACAUCCGUCAUGCUUUACUGGCUGUUUGUUCUAGAAGGUGUGUCUAUACUUCUGAUCAUCAGCGUCGAUCGGUUCCUCAUUAUAGUUCAGCGGCAGGACAAGCUGACACCCCAUCGGGCGAAAAUUCUUAUUGCCGCGUCAUGGGCUCUGUCACUUUGUGUGUCCCUACCGUCUGUGGUCGGCUGGAGGACGGCAGCGAUUGGAGCACAAGUACCGCAGUGCAUUCUGGGAUACAGUGAAUCGCUGGCGGAACGGGGUUACGCGGUUCUGCUUGCUGUCGCUGUGUUUUUUGUUCCAUUCGGUGUGAUGUUGUAUUCCUAUCUGUGUAUUCUCAACACGGUUCGACGCAAUGCGCUGCGCAUCCAUAAUCACACCAGCGAAGGCAGCGUCGCUAUUAACCAUGUCAGCAAGUUGGGUUUAACCGGUCUGCAGCGACCCCAAGUCAACGUGGACAUGAGUUUUAAAACCAGGGCCUUCACCACCAUCCUCAUCCUGUUCAUUGGCUUCUCCGUGUGUUGGCUGCCACAUACGGUGGUGAGUCUGCUGGCGGUGUUCAGUAGACGCUUCUACCUC